AUGUCUCAGAUAGAUAUUCCAGGCGAUUUUAAAGAUGAAGUAAGAGACGAAAAUAAAAAUGACGAUACUCCACCUUCAGAUUCAGGUCCAGCGGGCCCAGUCAUGAGACUCGAUGCUGGCAGACAUCGCACCAAGCCAGCGCCUAAAGCUACCGAGGAAACUCUAUCACUAGGACUGUCAGAUGAAGACCUGUGGAUGCUCAUCCGACGAUUCAACAAAGCAGCAGCCAAUACUGCCUCGGAGGGUCUCGAUCUGAACAGGGCCCAGGACGAACGGUUUCCACCAGAGAAGCUUCGGAUUACAAUCGAGCGCUUCUAUACGUCGGUAGUGAUUGGGAUGGUGGCUUUCUGCAGUCAUAUCGCCCGGCUACGGUCGUGGAAAGAGCCACGACGGACGGCGAUUUUCUGUGCGGGCUAUUUUAUUGCCUGGUUGUUUGAUGCCGUUAUUUUUACGCUAUCAGGGCUUUUGAUUGCCUUGGUUUUGUGUCCGCCACUCCGUCAGGUGCUUUUCCCUGGCCCAUCUGUAGCGCCUGCUGGCUCAGAGAAUUCCGCAACUGGAGAGCCCCGGAAACAGGACAGUAUCACCGGGACCUCGGAAAGGCACAAAGGAGAAGCAGCUGAGCGGGAGGCUCACAAUCUUGUCAACAGUGUUGCGACCAUUUCCAUGAAAAGUGCGACAGGUAAAUAUGGACAGGCUGUGUCUGAAGAUGCCGAAAAGGUCGCCGAGCCGGAGAGCCUCGAAGAUGUUGUCGAUGCGGCAGAUGCGCUGGAUGAGAGCGUUACAGCUGAGGCGCAGAAGCCGAUGAAGAAGAAGGUAGCCAGUGCUACCGACGAGAUAAUGCGGACGAUGAAUGACCUUACAGAUAUUUAUGAGAAGUUCUGCAAUCUCCUUUCACCAACACCUCCAUUCGUCACAUACAUUCCUCGUCUACGUCUGGUGGGAAUCAUGGCCUCGGUUUGUCUGCUAUCGCUCGUUGUCUCCAGCAAUUUUAUAAUCAAAGCUACUGCCUUUGCACUUGGUCUGGGCUUCUUCGGAGAUCCCAUCAUCAAUUAUAGCAUAGAUUACCUCAAUCGCAAAAUCCCCAACUGGAGGCAACACCUCGACCUGCAAAAAACACUCCUCAAAGGCAUCCCGACUAACGCACAAUUGACACUAACCCUGCUACGCAUCGGCGAGAUCAACUCCUCUCCUCUCCCUCCCCCUCCAGACACCGAAGACAAGGAGUCCUCGUCGCUCAUCCGCCGUAAAGCACGCGCCGUCAUCGCCUCCAACGCAACCCCCAUUAACGAAGAGCCCACCGACUCGUUAGACUCGACUACCGACCAGCACACCGAUCCAGCACCCAAACAGCGAAGAAAAUGGAUCUUCAAAGUCCUCCGAUUCGUGCGCCGCACCAUCGCGACCGCAAUUAAAAGCCACGGCGCAUUCGACCGCGCUAUGCGCAUCGCCAACUCGGCACAUACGCGAACCCUUCUCGAACUCCUGGCCAAGAAGGAUUGGUUCGCGGCGCCUACGGGUCCCCUCAAAUUCGAAGCAAAGUUUCAGCGGAAGCGCGGGACAGCUGUGAUAGACUCGGCUCAAGAGCCGCCUGUGAUGUACUUUACGACUACGCAAUCGGCUUCCAUUGACGAUUUGAGGCUGGAGAGUCAGAAGAAGGGAUCUGUUUUGUUUCAGAUUCCUGUUAGUGAUAUUACGGAGCUCAAAAAGACGGAAGGACUAGGAUGGAAGGGCAAGUUGAUUGUUGAGUUGACGGCAGGGAGCAAAGAGGCGGCGGAUGGAUUGGUUAUUUCCGGGAGCGAAAGUGAGCAGGCGUAUCAUUUGACGGGGAUGAAAGCGAGAGAUCAGUUGUUUAAUCGGUUGAUUGCUAUCGAUGCGCAGUUUUGGGAGAGUCAUUAA